UUUCCAAACUCAUACCCUGAAAAGGCCAGCUCGAAUUACGUAUACCAAACCCUAAUUCGAACCGCCGCCUCACUGCCCUAUUGCCUCUCGGCCUCCCAGGCACAAAGCAUUCGGUGCUCCUCCACACCUCCGGCGAGCUGCUCGUGCCGGAGUUCGCGCCGAGGUGAAAGCGAGGUCUAUGGAGAUGAUCAACGGCUAUAUCCACAGAACCAUUGUCCGGACAUCCUGACCCAAAUGGCCCCAAGCUCGUACGGCAUCUCCACUGUGUUCUGGAGAUUCGCUAACGAGCCUGCGUAUGGGAACUUGUACAGAAUCGGUAAUCGUCGCUAGAGCAACCCUUCUUCUUUGUCGAGAUCUCUUCUUGGGGAGAUUUCCGAAGGUUUUGGGCACUCUCAUAUCCUAUCGCCUUGGGUAGCGGAUUUUCUGCAAUUAUCUCUUGGGAUUGGCCAUGAGAAUUACAUUUCUUUUCUCUAUACAUGCAUUCUAAUUUGUCGGUUAUUGCCUGUGAAGAAAUCAAUGAAUAAAUUACACCAUCUUUCGGGACUGAGUGGCCUUUUGCAGGGCCCUGCUGACAUUCUGCAAUUCUGAGGCUUGUAAUUUUAUUUAUUUUUAUACUUUGCCCUUUUGAAAUUGUUUUCCGAGUGCUUAUUGACGGUCCGGUGCUGUUUGAAAUUGUGGACAGUACUUAACAAAGAUCAUAAGCUAUAGUUAUUGAGCCAUCUCCCGUCUUUCGAGUCUUUCUCUUAUCCCAAGAGAUGAGGCUAUCCACGCCUUGGCUCAAAUUUUUUUUCAAUUUUGAAACUCUGAAACUCUAAAUCAUAUUGAUUUUUCUAUUUUAUUUUGUAUUGGUGAUACUCACGAUUGAUUAUCUUAUACCAGCAAAACUUUAACUAGAUAAUGGAUUGAUUCACAAUUUUGGGAAACAUAUUUCGAUUAUAGCCAGUCCUAAAGAACACAAAUUUGGACAUAGAUGAUUAUUGAUUAUAGGGUUGAUUUGUUCACAAAUUCAAAUUCUUUUUUUUUGGAAUUACUAGUAAAUUUUGAGUGGGUUAAUUGAGAUUAAAGAUUUUAGACCUUACAAAUCUUUGUGGUUGCACUUUUGUAUGAAAGUUGUGCUAUUGUCAUAGGUCCGUACUCAUUCGAAACACUCCAAACAUGACACCUUUUAGCCCAAAAUGUAAUUUAGUUAAAUGUGAUUUGAUGCAAAGAGCAUUCAAUUUUUUUUUUUUUUAUUUUUAUUUUUUUUAU